UGCGGCGGUGGCGGCGCAGGAGGCCGGGCCGGGGCGCGGAGGGACCGACGGACGCACGGGCGGACGGCCGGGAGCCAUGGAGCGCGGCCCUGGGGCCCCGGGGCGCGGGCCGAGGUGGCGUCUUCCUGCCGCCUUGACUCCUGGGCAGGGUUCCCGGCCUCCGCUCGCGUCCGUUCUCCGGGAUGCAGCCCUUCUCCUGUGUUGUCCAUCCACUGCUCGGGACUUCUCCGUGGCCCCGCCAUUUCUCCCAAGAUGAAGUGCAAACUCCGCAGCAGGGCUCUCGGGGGCGCGACCUCACCCGUCCCAGACUCUCUCUUGGGACCCAUCUGCUCACUUCUUCCUCCCAGGGUCUGCUCUAGCCAGGAGUCUGCUCUGUCACCUCUGAGGUUUUGCCCCUGCUUGUCCCUCUGUCCCAUCCCCUGUCACCUGGCCCGUUUAUCUGCCCUGUGAUAUGGCCGCACCUCCCCCCAGGCGGGAUUCCCACCCUGACUGGUUGAGUGAGGUGCCGUCAUCGUCUCCCAUAUGUAGGUCAUCUUCCAGUAUUUUGGCUGCUUGGUUGCUUACUGGUCCUCAGAACACCUCUAGCUCGCAGAGGGGUGCCCAGUUAUGUGCUUGGGAACGGAAUUGGUGGGAUUCAGGGUGUCAAGGGUGUGUGCUCAGUCAGUGAAGCGUCCGGGUUUGCACUCCGCAGUCCAUGCCCAUUAAUGACACUAGGGAGGUUCCAGGUACCUGUGGCUGGAGAGGAGAGGAGACUAGACUUUCCCUUCCCUGUCAAAGCUGUCGGACCUUGGGGAUUCUUUUCCUCCUGUGUUUCCUCCCUAAUUCUUGGCUGCUUACCACCUGCCCAUUCCUUUAGUGAGUGGCAGGUCAUGGUCCUGCUCUCAUGGGGUUUCUGGUUUGGGGGUGGGGGGAGAUCUGGCCGAAUGUGUGAAAAAUACAAGCUGUGGAAAGAGCGUAUGAGGGGUCCUGUCCCAGCUUUGAGGACUCUGAGAGCGUUGUUGGCAGCAAGGUGCAAAGGGUGGUUGGGAUGGGCAAGGCUAUUUAGUGAGGUUGGGGAAGGGAGUUCCCGGCAGGGGAGCAGAGGCAGGAAGGAGCAAUGUGGCUUGUCUUAGGAGAGCCAGGGGUGGCAGGGUGUGAGAUGAGUGAGUCUGGAGAGGUUGGCCUGAGCCGGAAUGCAGACCUGGCAGUCUGUGGGGAGGACUUUGAUCUCUAUCCAGAGAAUAAUGGGAGGCCCCCAGGACACCCCAAGAGGGAAGUGCCACCAUUGCAUUUGUGUCUUGAACAAUUGUUUGGCUGUUGGGGGAGAAUGUCGUGGAGCAGGUGAUCAGCAAGGAGCGAGGCUGUUGCUGUAGCUCUGGUGAAAGGUGAUGGAGGCGGGGACCGGGCGGUGGCUGAUGGGAGACAGGCAGAGCCACUGGGCUGGUGAUGGACCGGCUCAGAUCCGGUGGGUGGAAGGAGGUGUCAAGGAUAGCAUCUUUGUUUCUGGCGUGGUUAAUGGGGCCCUGGCCACCUCGGUGUGCCCUUUGGUCUCUGGGGUCUCCAGGGGCCUGCUACUGCCCACUGGGCUAUCAGGACUCAGCUGCAUGAUGCCACCUAAACUGCAGGGCCCUCCAAGCCCCCGGCACCAGCAGGGCAGCACCGAUAGGGCCUGGACCUCUUUGAGAAUAUGUUGAAAAGCUGACAUCAACCUCAAUGCUGUGGAUGUUGGGCCUGAUCAUUCUUUGGGGUGGGUCUGUCCUGGGCACUGCAGCAUGCUAAGCAGCCUCCACCCAGUCCCCGGUGGCGACACCCCAAACUGUCUCCAGACAUUGACAGGUGUCCCCGGGGAGAAGAUUUGCCUCCAUCUGAGAAGCAGAACCAGCAUGACAGUCUGCCUCCCCCCUGAGAAGUGCUUGCCUGUGAGAUUUGCCUCCCGCCUGGGAGUCUGGGGGACGCGGUGAUGCCAUCCUUGCCCCACCCUGGCUUUCAGAGCUCUCUCCUCUCCUCCUUGUGUGCCCGUGAGGUGGCUCACGGGCACGUGUGAGUCUCACACAGGUCUUGAGGGAGCAGGUGUGUUUCUGGGCCUGAGGCUGCUCCUUGGUGGUGAGGGUGUCCCCACGAGCCGUGUCUGUGGCGCCUGCAGCCGCCUGCGUGUCCAUCUGUGUCCACAUCUGCCUUUGAGCCUCAUCUUCCUGGCCCCAUGGUUUUCUCGUGCUGUGACCCAAAAGCCCAGCGUUCCAGGGUGUUCUGCUGCUGAAAUUGAGUUGUGAGCGUGUCUCCCUCCUCGCUCCCGUCUGAAGGAGAAGCGUGGUCGGUAGAUAGACGCCUCAGACCUUUGUGUUUUCUUCACGUCUGUCUGUUGGCAGCUCCUUACACUAUUGUGCUUGCUUUAGCAACUUAGCUGUUGUCGACUUAAUGCGUUUCAUGACGUUCUGCAGCAAGGAAGAAGGUCCGAGUUUCCACUCUGAAUCAGGCGCCUUCGCUCCCCUCCCACCUCACUUGACUUCCUGUGGGGUAUGUGGUGUCUGCGCCUAUAGAUGAGGACACUGAGGCCUCAAGAGGGCAAGUGACUUGCCCAAGGUCACGGAACCCUAAAUCAGUUCUGGAGAAGGACCCCCUGACCCCAGCCCGCCUCCCCUGCCCCUCAGCAGGCCUGGCCCCAGCACAGAGAAGAGCCAUUGUCGCCGCUCUCAGGGCCCUGGGAGCCUGGGAUGUAUCCUGCCUUUGUUUCUAGAGCCUUUGUUUGUUAUAUUUCCUCUGUCUCCAGACAUCGCAGGCCGGUGGGGCCUGGCCCCUGUGCGCGCUCACGUAGCGGGGCCUGUUCAGGUCCCUCGUCGGUCCCUUGAGUCCGAGCUCUGUCCUUGCCUCAGCGGCCCGUCACCCGUAGGGUGGCAGAGAUGGGCUGGGGAGGGAGUGGGCAGCAGUGCGGACCGAGUCCUGGUGCAUGGGGUUUCUCUGGUGCUGGAGCCCACGUUUGGGGGGUGGGCGGGGCUGGGGUCAUAUCCCCUGCGUGCCCUGCAUGCCCAGGCUGUGCUCACAUGGCAAGAGGUGGUGAUCGCCAGCUGAGGGAGGGUGGAGGGUCCUUCAUCCCGUGGAGAGGAGGCUGAAUUGGGGUUCCCUGAGCUGUAGGGUGCAGUGCCUGACAGGCCGCGGGGAGGGCUGAGGGGAUGGGAUGGAUAGGCCCUGGGCCCAUGCCGCCCCCUGGCACGGGUGGAUGCCCCACCUACCGGGGGUGCCCAGCUGGACCAUGGCACCCCCAAAGGACCCCACAUGCCACUGUUCCCCCGCAGGGCUUCCCACGGCACGACAUGGAGACCUGUGGUCGCGAGGCUCCCUGGGGCUCGGCUUGGACCGCGAUGGGGCUGGGCCCUGGCCUCCUAACGGGGCUCCUGUCUGGGGCGGUAGCUGGGGGGGCGCCCUCCCCCCUGCCCGCAACUCGGAGCACCCCCACCCCUCCCCUGCUGGGCCAGGCCGGGUGGCGUUGUUGGCGGGGGCCCCGGUGGAGGCCCGGCCCGGGCGGCGCCCGCCAUGAACGGGCUGUCGCUGAGUGAGCUCUGCUGCCUCUUCUGCUGCCCGCCCUGCCCCGGCCGCAUCGCUGCCAAGCUCGCCUUCCUGCCGCCGGAGGCCACCUACUCCCUGGUGCCUGAACCCGAGUCAGGGCCUGGUGGGGCCGGGGCCGCCCCCUUGGGGACCCUGCGGGCCUCCUCGGGUGCACCCGGGCGCUGGAAGCUGCACCUGACGGAGCGUGCCGACUUCCAGUACAGCCAGCGCGAGCUGGACACCAUCGAGGUCUUCCCCACCAAGAGCGCCCGCGGCAACCGUGUCUCCUGCAUGUAUGUUCGCUGCGUGCCUGGUGCCAGGUACACGGUCCUCUUCUCGCACGGCAACGCUGUGGACCUGGGCCAGAUGAGCAGCUUCUACAUUGGCCUGGGCUCCCGCCUCCAUUGCAACAUCUUCUCCUAUGACUACUCCGGCUAUGGUGCCAGCUCGGGCAGGCCGUCCGAGAGGAACCUCUAUGCCGACAUUGACGCCGCCUGGCAGGCCCUGCGCACCAGGUACGGCAUCAGCCCGGACAGCAUCAUCCUGUACGGGCAGAGCAUCGGCACGGUGCCCACCGUGGACCUGGCCUCGCGCUACGAGUGCGCCGCGGUGGUGCUGCACUCACCGCUCACCUCGGGCAUGCGCGUCGCCUUCCCCGACACCAAGAAGACCUACUGCUUCGACGCCUUCCCCAACAUCGAGAAGGUGUCCAAGAUCACGUCGCCCGUGCUCAUCAUCCACGGCACGGAGGACGAGGUGAUCGACUUCUCGCACGGGCUGGCCCUCUACGAGCGCUGCCCCAAGGCCGUGGAGCCGCUGUGGGUGGAGGGUGCCGGGCACAACGACAUCGAGCUCUACAGCCAGUACCUGGAGCGCCUGCGCCGCUUCAUCUCCCAGGAGCUGCCCAGCCAGCGCGCCUAGCGGCGGCCGGGGCCCCAACCGGCCGGACCUCAGCAAUAAGGCGGCCCCUGGACCUCACCCCGCGCCGGCCCCCCAGGGGCUGCAUGUGGACCCCCGGGCGGCCCAGGGGACCCCGCCCCGACCCAGGGGCCGUGGACGAUGUACAGGCAACAGAGCUACGCACUCCUUUCCUUUUGGAAGCAAGAAGAAAAUACGUGAAAACGGAAAUUAAAGAUUUAAAAUUUUA